CUCAAUGUCACUAGUUCUUCUUUAUCGAGAACCAUGAUGCUUAGCUCUGUGAAACGAAGAAAAAUGGGUUGGCAGCAUAUUCUAUAUCCGUCUUAUCAACGCCAAGCGCUCGAUGAGCUGAUUGCUUGUUGCCGCCGGUCGGCACGAACGCGCUAGGGGCGAGGUUGUGGAGCUGCCACCAAUGAUUUGAAACUCUAGACACAGCCGAUGAGAAACUAAUCAUCAUUGCCUCUCUUCCACAUCCACCGAUUAACUGUGCCCUGGACUGUCAGGUUAACUGCGCUGUGAGAGCCGCUUUGCUUUGCCUUACACCCUCUUCACCCUCUUCGUCAUAGAUUAGUUUUUAUGACACAGCUUCUCUUAUCUAUUUAUUAAACACACCUGUCCUUUAGCCCCUCAUUCGUUGGAGACCAUUUUUCAGAUCUUCUCCUGUGACGCAAACGUCUCCUUGCGUACCACGACGACCAACAUGAUGAAGAAAUCUUUCCUCCUUGUUGUUCUCUUUUCGUUAGCUGUCGCACUGGCGUCUCCACUCGACGUCCAGGCUCGCAACCCCACACCGUCAAAGAGAUAUGCGCUCCCCAUUCUCCCGCGGCAGCCAGGACCUUCCAUUACCCCUUCUAAGCGAUCCUUGGACAAUCGUGCCCCAUCCCCACUUUACAUUGCUCGCGAAGCUAGUCCAUUACAGCGUCUCGCAGCUCGUCAGGCCGCUCCUUCAAAGAGACUGUCAGCUCGACAGUUGGCGGCUUCACCGCGUUAUGUAAACGCCCGUGCUCCUGCACCAGCCCCGUCCAAACGGGUUGCUGAGGAAUCCGCAGCGCCGCAGAAGCGCAGCCUAGACGAACAACGUGUGAUGGAGGGCACUGCGGAUUCUCUGCGUGGGUUCUGUCUUAACGGGCUCGUAGCUUGCCCCGUCUUGAGCACACCUGGACAGUUCCCUCGUACGUUCACCGAGUGGGAAGCGGUAGGGUUUGAGUGUGUUGAUUUUACUGCGGAUCUGCGCUCCUGCGGCGGUUGUUCUAGCCUUGACCCCACCGAGCAUGAUUGCACGAAGAUCCCGCAUGUUCAAGGCGUAGCUUGCGUGGCUGGUGAAUGCCAAAUAUCAUCUUGCCAACCGGGCUAUUCACUACAAGCCGCCGGUGGCUACGGUUGUUCACCAACGGAGUAGGCCCGCAAUUGAAUUCAUUGGAUAUUUUUACUUCUUCUAUGCUCUAGAUGACAUGAUCAUCCUGGAUUUUUUAGUGUUUGUUCCUUUUCGUUCUUAUAGACUUUGGUUACUUGACAUUUUUCUACGCUGUCGUGCUACAUACUAGCUGGUCUUACGUCCCCCAUGUUUUUACGAUUAGUACCUGCCCCCUGUUUGUUCUGAC